GGUGUCCUCUUCUGCGUCGGCACGCUCAUGCUCGUCCUCACCAACAAGAUGGGCCACACCCUUGCCUUGAUCGCCCGUAUCAUCCAGGGCAUGGGCGUCGGCAAUUCGUCGUUCUCGCUGCCGAUUUUUGGUGCUGAGAUGGCCCCGAAGGAGCUCCGCGGUAUGCUCUCGGGCUUUAUGCAAAUGUCGAUCGUCACCGGUAUCCUCCUCGCCGGUAUCAUCAACAUCGUCGUCGAGAAGCAGGAGAAGGGCUGGCGCACCACCAACGCCGUCGCGAUGGCCUUCCCGGUGAUCGUCAUGGCCGGUAUCUUCUUCGUGCCCGAGUCGCCGCGCUGGCUGUACAAGGCCAAGGGCCGUGAGGUCGCUGAGACCGAGCUCAAGCGUCUCCGUCGUACCGAGAACGUCGGUGCUGAGCUCCAGGCCAUUGGUGAUGCCCUUGAAGAAGAGGGCCAUGACUCGGCCACGUGGGCGGACCUCUGGCACCCGUCGAUUCGCCCGCGCCUCAUCAUCGCGAUGCUCCUCCAGCUCCUCCAGCAGGCCACCGGUAUCAACCCUGUCUUUGUGUACGGCGGUCAAAUCUUCAAGGACGUUGUCGGUGACGGCCUCACGUCGCUUUUGAUCCUUCAGAUCGUCAACUUUGUCUCGACGAUCCCCGCCAUGUACUGGGUCGACAAGAUCGGUCGCCGCAAGCUCCUCCUCCUUGGUGGGGCUGGUAUGGUCAUCGGUCACUUGGUCUCGGCCAUUGCGUUCUCGGCCGGUUGCCAUGGUGACACGGAAGACUCUGGCUGCUCGAAGGGUGCGGGCUGGACCAUGAUUGUGUUCACGGCCUUCUUCAUCUUCAACUUUGCGAUUUCGUGGGGUCCGAUCUGCUGGAUCUACCCGGCCGAGAUCUUCCCGAUGAACGUGCGCGCCAAGGCCGUGUCGGCGUCGACGAUGACCAACUGGUGCAUGGGUGCGCUCAUGAUUGGCAUCCCCAAGCUCUUCCCGUACCUCAACAUCAACGGCGUCUUCUUCCUCUUUGCGGCGCUCUGUACCGUUGCCGGUGUCUAUGUCUACUUCAAGUGCCCGGAAACCAAGGGUGUGCUUCUCGAAGACAUCGAGCAGCUCUUCUCGGGUUCCAAGCACAUCGCACCGGUGGCCAAGGACACCUCGAUCGAGACGCCCAAGCUCGACGAGGUCUAAUGCCCGUCUUCUGUUGAUAAUAUAAUGUGUGCCGUUUUCUCAAAAAAAAUCACGUAUUUUUAUUCACGCCGCC